CUGUGUAUGGCGUUUCAGACUGGGUGCACAUGAGCCCCUCAAGUGCACUUUGGAUGGAAGGUACAAACCUAUAAGGGAUCCCGUGCUUGGGGCUGUACACUGAAGAUGACAGCCGAAAAUGAUUCAUGUAUUGCAGGCCCAUCUCUUACCUACCUGACCUGCCUCAUGCAGAUGUUUCUGGAUUGGUUAGGACUUGAGAAUUUGGAAGAUUGCCUGAACUACUUAGACUACCUCAUGUGGGUCUUCACACCACUGAUACUAGUAUUCAUACUGCCCUUCCUCAUUGUCAUUUUUCUCUACCUAUCCAUCCUCUUCCUCCACGUAUACAAGCGCAAAAAUGAACUGAAAGAAGCUUAUUCCAACAGUAUAUGGGAUGGUGCCCGGAAAACAUUGGCGACCCUAUGGGAUGGGCAUGCUACAAUAUGGCAUGGUUAUGAAAUUUAUGGCUUGGAAAAGAUCCCUGAGAGCGGACCAGCAUUAAUUGUGUACUAUCAUGGUGCUCUUCCUGUAGACUACUAUUACUUUGUAGCAAAGGUCAUUCUUCAGAAAGGCAGAACAUGUCACUCAGUCGGGGAUCACUUUCUUUUCAAAAUACCAGGCUUUAAACCACUCCUUGAAGUAUUUAGUGUCAUUCAUGGACCAAAGGAAGAAUGUGUGAAAGCUCUCAGGAAUGGCCACCUACUAGCUAUUUCCCCAGGAGGGGUACGGGAGGCCUUGCUUAGUGAUGAAACCUACACCAUCAUAUGGGGGAAUCGGAUAGGAUUUGCACAGGUGGCAAUUGAUGCUCAAGUGCCCAUCAUUCCAAUGUUUACACAAAAUGUCCGGGAGGGAUUCCGGUCUCUCGGACGCCUAUGGAUUUUUCGAUGGAUGUAUGAGAAAUUUAAAUUUCCAAUAGUUCCUAUUUAUGGUGGUUUUCCUGUGAAAUUUCGCACUUAUCUUGGUGAUCCCAUCCAGUAUGAUCCCAGUUUAACAGCCAGUGAACUGGCUGAGAAGACAAAAUAUGCCAUUCAGUCUCUGAUCGACAAGCACCAAAAAAUCCCCGGAAAUAUCUUUCGUGCCCUGCUGGAAAGGUUUCACAGCAGACAGAAAGAAGAUUAAAGUGCACUUUGUAUUUAGACCUUCAUCAUUUAAUAUAUAAAACAUUUUAUAGUUUUUACUUGGAUUUAACAUCCUUCUUUCUAUGGACAUUUUAUGUGAUUACUGGAACAACUAUUUUUUUAAUGUAACACAAACAUGGACAUAAUACUUAUCUUCAAAAUUUCUUGAAAUGUUUUCUUGUCAAAUGUCUUAGCUGUUGAGCCACUGCUGUAUUCUGUGCAUGUUUCUAGAUAGGGAAUGUUUAUAUCUGUUUAUGCACAGACAAUAA